AUGUCCGUUGCAGGAGUAGCCCUUCACGUAGCAUCCGGCAAACGAGAAACUCCAAUUGAUGGAACACCGAUUGACUUUUUAAAUAUUUAUGACAAUGCUUGGAAUGGUAAUCCGAACCUACGACCGAACAUCUCCGAAAUACGCUGCAUGUUAGAUAAGGUACAAAUGGAUCUAACUAGUUACAGUAAUAAAGAUGAAAAUAGUCCAAAUCAAUGUGUAGAAAAACCUCCACACAUAAACAUAUAUAGCGCACAAAAAGUAAAAUUUAUUAACCUUUUCGCCUUAAAUAAAGGUAAAAACAUUGAUGGAUUUGAUUUCUGCCAAGGGAAUGGAUCUGUUAUGCGUAAUAUUGGUGAUCUAAAAAUGCGUAAAAUACAUAUGCGUUCUCCGACAAUUUAUCUUCCGAAUCAUAAGGUUUCACCUUGGAUUGAUUUGAGCAAUUCGUGUUUAUUUACAAAUCAAAGAGACACAGUAAAUAUUUUAAAAGAUGACAGCGUACGAAUUCAUAUUCCAGUUGCAACUGUACAAUAUACAUGUAAAGCAACAAAUGAAUUUAUUCAGGAUGUUAAAAGUGUACUUAGCCUUUCAGAUCCGCCAGAAGUCAAAAGGAAGUUAGAAAUGAUAUUUAAUUAUUAUGGUAAUUAUGUAGUUACAAAGGUCACACUUGGUGGUGCUAUUACUAUUAGGGAUUGGUCAAAAAUCUCUAAAGAAAAUAAAUCAUAUUUAAUGUGUUAUGUUCAAUGGGGAGUUGAUUAUGUGAGAGGGAAUGCUUUAAAUAUUUUUGAAGAUGUAUUACUUGAUAAGCUACCACGUCUUGAAACUUCAUCCAAUAUAGAAACUAUUAAAGAUUUAUAUAAUUGGUUUAAAAGUUUAUAUGAUUGCAAAUUUGCAGAAAUCACAUCAUAUGAUGAAUUUAUUCCAUCUUAUGAACUUUUACCAGAAGAGUUACAACGACAAUUACGUAAUAUUAUUGGGUUUAAACUAGCUAAAAGAUUCCCUCGCUUGACAUUAAUUCCAAAUAUUCCUACUGGAUAUGAUGCUCAUGAUAUUCUCGAGUGGAUAACAUUUGAAUCGUUACAUAAUUUAUAUCUUUGUAAUUGGGUCCACGAUAAUGUAUUGCAACAUGGUGUAAUUUUCCAACGUUCAAAGCUAAGACGUGGUCAAAAGGCUGCACUUAAAUUUAUAAAGGAACCUAAAAUAAUCAAAGUAAAUGAGAUUAUCAUUAUAUUAUCACAACCAAAGACUGAUGAAGAGGCUUAUAUGUUAGAAAAUGGUAUAAUUUUAAAUAAUGAAUUAGAACUUGAUAAGAUUAAUUUUACAGAAUAUAGUUCAACACUUAAUGUUCCUCUGGAGGAUUUCAAACGUUCUAAACAUAAAUUUGCUAAUGCAAUUUAUUGCCAAAUUAUUUUUCGCGCGAUUAAUCUUUCUUUUGACCAGUCAGAUAUUAAAUAUUUACAAGAAUUUACAGAUGCAAUAAAUUCAGAACUUUAUAGUAAAGAGCCAUUUAAAAAUCUUUGCAGGUUACUUGGGAACGAUUAUGGACAUUUACUGCCAAGAACUUUUAUGUUAGGUGGAGUUUUAUCAAAAAAAUAUAUAUCAGAUUAUAAUCCUACAAACAUUAAGAAACGAGAAUUUAUAUUUGAUGGAAAUGAUCCUAACGCUCUUCAAAAAAUUGAAACCCUUUUAAAGGAGUGGAAUAUUGAAUAUAGAGAUAUCGACACAUCAAUUUUUCUUAAUAAUAGAGGUGAAGCCGUUAGCCGUAAUAAAAUUGGAGAUUGGUGGCAAAAGCUUGCAAAUAAGCCUAAUGAUUGGGAAGUUAUAUCUUUAGAAAAUUGGAUGCCAAUAUGUGAUAUUAUUUUUAAGGGGGAAAUUUUAUUACAAAGUCAAGAUACUGUAAUUAUUAAAUUUCCUGAUCCACUUGACGAUAAUGAUUAUCAUAUUGUUGGAAAUGUUGUCAAAAAAAAUGGUGAUUGCUGGGACAAUGUACCAGAAGCAACAGUUAUAUUCGAUUGCAUUGACAGAAGUACGUGUGAAGCACAUAUUAAAAAUAAUUCUGGAAUAAGGUAA